CUUGAAAAUGGUGUGAAGACCUACAGGCAUCAACAGCUCCUUCCUCCCACCUCACUCAUCUCAACCAUGGCACGACAACGUGCCACGUCUCCCGCGCCCAAAAGCCAGCAGGUGCUCGCACUCAGUCGCGUUCUCGAGAAGCCAAAGAACAGUGGCAUAGAUGUGCAGCACUUCCGCGCAACGAUAGUGGAGGACCAGAAGAAGCUUAACGGACUGAUUGCAAAGCGGAAGCUCCAAGCCAAGAAGCAAGAGCAACGCCACCGCGAUGAACUCGCAGCCACAAUCCUCGAAGCCCUGCGAACCCCGAAUCAAACCGUGAAAAAUGAGACAGCAAACUUCAAAGGCACUCGUAUCGCUGGAAACGCAGUCUACGCCUCUGUCACCACCAUUCUGACGGCGUCCUCAAGCCUCGUGAACGAAUACCGAAGGCUAGACGACAUGAUUACGAAAUUACGAAACGAGCAGCCUGCAACUCUGGCAGACACAUGGAAGCAUGAUGUCGAGGAUACGGACCGGCAGCUCAGGAGGGGAGCUCGCGUUGCAUUGAGAAAUGUGAAGAAGGUGCUGGGUGCUGAUGUAGAGCAUGUUGUACUGGGGGAGGCGGAUGAAGAUGGGGACGUGGAGAUGGAGGGUGGAGAGGAGGUUGAGCUUAACUACGAGUUGAGGAAGAGUUUAAGGUAUGCGGAGAGGGGUGUUAAGAGAAUGGUGAAGGGGUUGCCCGUGGGCGAUGGAUGUUAGGCAUAGGUGACGCUGUGCUGUAGUGUUCGAGGUAGUAUGUGGACGGGCAAGAUGAAUGCGCACUUCUCUCAGACACAGGUAUUCGCAUUAGGCCCAAGUGGCGUAGCAUGUACAACGAUAAGUACAGGCCUUGACCCAAUGGCUCUCGUCCUCCUCUUCUCUUCGCUCGUAGCUGGAAAACAAUGUGCACACAAUCUCAAUUAUCGUGUUCGCAUCUUCUCA